AGUUUUGAAAGUGACAUUUCACAUGACGGUGGAUGUUUCCUGGUUCAUGGUUAUUCACAAAUGUAUUAUAUAUCGAAAACAUAUAAAAUAACGAUUUACAACCGAUAUAUAUUUUGGCAUCACAGUCGUCCUGUAAAUUGGUACCAAACCAUGCUCGGUAGAUACACAACGUGAUAUCGUCGAAAACAACAUCAACAAGCUAGGCCUGGCAUGGAGCUCGGCAUGGAGGCAGUGGAGGAUGACAUCUGCAUUCUGAAGCACGAGACGGCGUACGGUGGAGCAGGGGAGAGCCCCGUGUCCGUGUGUGCCGGGGACGAGUCUGUAGCCUCCCACUUUGCCCUGGUCACAGCGUACGAGGACAUCAAGAAGAGGCUGAGAGACACGGAGAGAGAGAACACACUGCUGAGGAAGAGAGUCAAACAGCUGGAAGAUAAGCUGUUCAGGCCUGAAGCUCCUUCCCCUGAAGGACCCCAGUACGUCAACAAGGCCUUCAGUGCCUACCGUGGCAUCUACAUGGAGAAGGAGGACCUGCAACUGGAGCUAAAUAAACUGAAGAGGGAGAAGAGUGAGUCUGAGAGGCUCCUGAAUGAGCAGCUGCAGGCCAAAGAGAUGGAGCUGCUGCAGUUGAAGACUGAGAUGGAGACCAGCCAAGUGAUGAAGUCUCUAACCAGUAGUCAGGACUACUGGCAGGUGGACAGGAUCAACAGUGAACUGAAGUUCCAUACUCUGCAGGAGGAGUUGAAGAGGAUGACUCUGGAGAAGAACCGACUGCAGGAACCCUGUGGGGAUUCUUCUGGAACUGACGGUGACCAGAAUCACGUGGAGUCUAACCCCAGCGAUAAGGCAGUUCUACAGUCCUAUGAGGCCCUGGCCACUGAGAUCUCCUUUCUACACUCAGUGUUGAAACAACAGUCUGACCUGGUGAAGAAGCUCGGAGACAAACCGCAGCUAGCAGCUAACAGACGAGCAUCAUCCAACCCAACCACAUAUCCCUAAAGGUACACUCUGUCAGCAUCAUCCAACCCAAUCACACAUCCCUAAAGGUAUAACUCUGUCAGCA